AUGGAUACACCACAAACUCCUCAAGUUCAGGUUCUUGGCGAAACCCCCGAAUCAACACAACCCGAACCCAAUGCGACUGCCACUGCAAACCACAAUUCCACCGAGGUAGAGAUGGGAGGAACACAGGACACAAACCAAGCUGAACCUGAACCUGCGCAACAAGAUGCGACACUUCCAGAUGCGCAGGCAGAGCCAGAGCCACAUGCCCUGGCAAAGAAGAACUCGGGGUUCAACUUUCUUGAGUGA